GGAAACAUUAGCUUCGAGGGUAUGGGGAAUUACAUCCUUGCUGGCAUAAAGCCGCAUCAAGUAUUGGAUCAUGUGCAUGCUGACUUUCAUAAUUAGACUACCUCGCCUUGCAGGCCUGUCUGGUCGAGUGGGCGGAUAGCUACGACACCAAGGAUUGGAACAGGUUGCGGCAGUGCAUAGCACCCACUUUACGCAUCGACUACCGCUCCUUCUUAGACAAGCUCUGGGAGGCGAUGCCGGCGGAGGAGUACAUCGCCAUGGUGUCGUCUCCGGCCGUGCUGGGGGACCCGCUGCUCAAGACGCAGCACUUCAUCGGCGGCACCAAGUGGGAGAAGGUGUCGGACACGGAGGUCAUCGGCACGCAUCAGCUGCGCGUGCCGCACCAGCGGUACACGGACCUGACGCGCAAGCAGGUCGCCGUCAAGGGCCACGCUCAUUCCACCAACGUCCACUGGUACCGCAAGGUAGACGGCGUCUGGAAGUUCGCCGGCCUGAAUCCUGACAUCCGCUGGGGCGAGUACGACUUCGACAAGGUGUUCGCCGGAGGUCGCGAGGAGUUCGGAGAAGCCAUCGCUGCGAAGGCGGAGGGUAUCCCGGUGAACGUAGAUGGGCUUUCUGCCAAUGUAUAAAUAACAGCAAGGACUUUGAUGGGAAGCCUUCAGGUUGAAUAUUCAUGGUAAUACUUCGAUGGUAUUCAAGAAGUUAUACACGAUUGGCAUGGUUUCAUGUAUGCAGGACGGAUGUGUACACAUAGUAGAUGACGGGAAUGGAAUGUGGAUUCCCGUUUCUUCUCGCAGGGGGUUUUACCGGCGUUCAUAUUGGUAGGACUUACUUUCGUCCUCGAAUUAAAGUUAAAGAAAACUGGAGAAAAACAAGACCCUGGAUCUCAUCUCUUUACAUGUCUUGGGUACGAUGUUAGGUACCUGUAUCAGGGUUGAAGCAGGUACAUUCAACCUACAUAAUGAUCAAUUCAUGUGACCUGGCGUAGUUGAUAAGAUUCGCGAUAUUGCUGUUUUUACAAAGCGUUAACCGCCUAC